CUUAAAACCAGCAGCCCUAGCGUAGUUACAUCUCAGUUCUUGACGAGAAACUUUUGUUAUAGAGCGUGCCCGCUCCCUACGACAUCUCACUAUUCUCCAGAAGAAGGUGAUGAUGAUGUAUGGAGACUUGGGAUGCUAGAUGCAUUGCGGCCAGUUCUUGCACCUGGCGCCAAUGUACCGCAUCGCUGCAGCAAGAGCCGCUGCUACUCCGUGUCGACCGGCUUGGAUCCCGUGUUACAUUUCUGGGGCUUGUCAAGGAUGAUGCAUUUGCGAGGAGUAGACUCAUUCCGGGCGGUGGGCAGCCACCUGAGACGUGGGUGGUGACAUUUCAGAGAUUAUGACUCCGAAGGUCCAAAGAAAAUUUACAAAUACCUUAUUACUAGUUAUAUCUCGUCCAUUCAAAUUAUGCACGCAAAACGGUAAUGAUGCACACCAGCCUCGAAUAAUUGCUCACUCCUCACUGUUGUACCACCUCCCACCACACCUCUUUCACCUUGUUACCAUCUACCUUCUCCUCAGCCCCCACUU